UGGUCGGCCAGGCCAAUGUGCUACUCCUUUUUCUCUCACCAGGUUGACAAACACAACUUUGUCAUUUUGGUUUACACUAGUGAGGCUAAUCCAUCAAAAUCGGGUUUCAGGUUAACCACUGCUCGCAGUAUGCUCUUCAUCUUGUUGCUUCACUCUCUUCAUUGCUACUAAAGUUUAGACCAUGGCUUGUACAAUCUCAACCGAUGCGUAUAAGAUCCAAAAACAUAAUGUGGAUGAUAUCAUUAGCAACUUACCCGAGGGCGUUCUUCUUCAUAUUCUUUCAUUGCUCCCUACGAAAGAUGCUGUAAGAACUUCCAUAUUGGCUAAGAAGUGGAAACAAUUGUGGACCUACUUAUCUGCAUUUGAUUUUAAUUUUCGUCAUCCUCGAUAUGACUUAGACCCCCGAAACCAGAACAACACGGAAAAUAGCCUCUUGGAUCAGAAAAACAAGGAAAAUAGCCUCUUAGAUCUAGUUGGAAGAUUGCUACACGAAUCUUAUCGCGUAGAAAGGCUUUGUGUUCAAAUAUUUAAAAGUGUUAUUGAUGCAGACAAAGUUAAUUCCUUAAUAUAUUUUGCUGCGAAGCACAAAAUGCAAUAUCUUAAACUUUCAUUGGGUCAUCCAGAUGAUAAGUUUGUGUUACCCCAUAGUUUCUCAACUUUUGAAUCAUUGAAUGAACUAUGGUUAGGACUCCAUUUCACUCUUCAUAUUCCUAGCGGUAUUCAUUUCCCUAAGCUAAAGACAUUAGUAGUUUCAGAUGUUACCUUUGCAAAUGAGAAGUCAUUUCAACGACUUUUUUCUGGAUGCUCUGUCUUACAAGAGUUGACUUUGCAUGAUUGGUCUUGGGAGAACAUAAUGCACAUUAACAUUGCAAUUUCCACACUAAGGGAGUUGACCAUCCGUUUUAAUAUGCUUUCUGAAGACAUUCAUGAUGAUAUGACAGUCAUGAUUGAUACUCCGAACCUUUUGUAUCUAAGAUGCAGAUGUGAUCCAACAAUACAAUUUAUCCCUGUUAACCUGACCUCCAUAGUUGAUGCCGAUAUUGAUCUUGGGUUUCUCUAUCCACCUAAUGAACUAUAUACUGCUAAGUGUGCAAUUGAGCUACUAAGUGGACUUAGCAAUGUCAAGUCUCUCAAACUAGCAAAUGAUACUCUCGAGUCUCUUCACCAUACAAAGGAUACUCUCCAUCUUCUUCCUUUGUUUGACAAUUUGACACAUCUUGAUGUGUAUUCUGUGAUAUCUGCAAAGACUAAUGAAGUACUAAUGAACAUUCUUCAAAAGACUCCUAAAUUGGAAGUUCUUGAGAUUCCUGCGGCGGUACUUAACUACUUGGAUGGUGAAGAUUUGAUACUGAACUCAGUGCCUUGUUGCUUCAAUUCUUCUCUCAAUCGAUUAUGCUUUUCAAAUUUUUAUGGAAAUGAAUAUGAAAUCCAAUUUGUUACGUUUAUCUUAAAAAAUGCCCCAUAUUUAAGGAAGAUCGAUAUACACUGUUCGAGACGUUUAAUAGCUGAUAUAGAAAAGCUGGAUGAUGUCUGCAACCAAUUCGAAGAUGUAUGCCUGGAAAGUUGUGUCGUCAUGUUUCAUCCCAGCUACUAUGAUGAUGAAUCCUCUGAUGAUGAAUCUGAUGAGGAUGAAGCUGCGAAUUCUGAGGUGCUCCCUGCUGCAGAGUCACUUUGAAAAACUUGAAGCAUCAAGGAUGAAGAUCUCGUUGGAGGACAAGUUGUGAAAGGACAGAAGUUGUGCUAUCUGUCUCAGUGGUGUAGAGUGUAAAUUUGUCUUCAAUUAUUUUCUGCUACUUCGGUAUGUAUUAUAGCAGAUUGAAAAAUGUUUGUUAGUUCUAAGAACAUGUGUCAUAUCUUUAUUUCCGUUCUUACAUUGCUUUUGAUAAACUCAAUUGUUCAGAAGCACCAAAUCAAUAUAUGUGUAGUAUCUUUUUGUAGUAGUUGGAGCAAAUGAACUAUCUUCAAUGUUUCAUUGCUUCUGUAGGAAAUCAAAACCAGAGCAAGUUUUCGUAAGUACUUUCUAGAAUCAAUUUAUGGUUAUGGUAGAUCAUGUUUUAUCUCCUUUUACA